GGCGCGCAAUGCGUUUGAUACGACAGGUUGUGGCAGGGCUGUGACUUGUCACUGAAGCGGGAGGUACGAUAUUGCACUCGAAGUUUAUCAAAGUUAUAUUUCUAGAAAUGUUUUGGAUUGUUUUGUGUUUACGUAAGAUUAUCUGUCGGUGAAAUACUCCGUGGUGGACCCAAAAUGCGCCGCAGUCUUGCGCCCAGCCGAGUACUGAAAAGGCAGUCGGGGGAGGAGGACGACGAGGAAAAGGGCACUGUACUGCUAUCAAGGACUGCGAAAAGAUGCCCAAAGGAGGCCGUGGUCAUUUCAAGAACACCUCUUUCACCCCUUGGGUGUAAAAAACCUGUGAACAUUAUGGUAACAGGAGAAAGUGUAUCGAGUCAUGAAGAAUUCAUUCGGAAAUUGUUGUCAAAACCAUUCAAAAUCCCAAUUGCUAAUUACCAGGGAUCCAGUUUUGGUUCCAAAGUGUUAGGAAUAGGAAGAACUAAGUUUAGACGUGCCUUACAUGAUCCUAAUGAGCCAGGUGCUUUGGUUUUAUAUUCUCCUCCAGAACUAAGUGAACACGAUAAACUCAAAGUGGAUGUUGACAAACAGCUUGUUCAUGUUGUUGUUGAUCCAAUUUUAUCAAACAUUCUGAGACCCCAUCAACGGGAAGGUGUGAAAUUCAUGUAUGACUGUGUUACUGGUGUUUGUAUUGAAAAUGCAUAUGGUUGUAUCAUGGCUGAUGAAAUGGGGCUUGGAAAAACAUUACAGUGUAUUACACUAAUGUGGACACUUUUAAGACAAAGUCCUGAUUGUAAACCUAUGAUUGACAAAGCAAUAGUUGUAGCUCCUAGUAGUCUUGUUAAAAACUGGUACAAUGAGAUAUAUAAAUGGUUAGGUGGUCGAGUAAACCCUUUAGCAAUAGAUAGUGGCUCAAAAGAUCAAAUAGAUGCAAAUUUGAGAGGUUUCAUGCAGACCUAUUCCUCAAGACCUGUAAAUCCUAUUCUCAUAAUAUCCUACGAAACUUUUCGAUUACAUGCUCAUGUUUUGCACCAAGGGGAAGUUGGUCUUGUUUUAUGUGAUGAGGGUCAUCGCCUUAAAAAUUGUGAAAAUCAAACAUACCAAGCUCUAAUGGGUUUGAAAGCAAAAAGACGUGUUCUCUUAUCUGGGACACCUAUUCAAAAUGAUUUACUUGAAUAUUUCAGUUUAGUACAUUUUGUUAAUCAGGGAAUUCUAGGGACUGCUCAUGAAUUUCGAAAGCGAUUUGAAAAUCCCAUUCUAAAAGGACAGGAUGCAUGUGCAACUGAUGCAGAAAGGACCAAAGGUCAGCAGUGCUUAGAAGAAUUAGUGAAUCUUGUGAAUAGAUGCUUGAUUCGAAGAACAUCAGCUCUUCUAUCAAAGUAUCUUCCAGUAAAAUUGGAGCAAGUUGUAUGUGUACGAUUAACUCCGAUGCAACAGAAAUUGUACAAAGAUUUCAUUAGCUCAGAUUCUGUGAGAAGAGUUAUGAAUGAUGGUUCUAGCAAUAAGGUUUCUCUGUCAGCCUUGUCAUCUAUAACAUCUCUCAAGAAGUUAUGCAAUCAUCCACAUUUAAUAUAUGAUAAAAUUUCAACUCAAAGUGAAGGAUUUGAAAAUGCACGAGAAUCACUACCUUCUAAAUAUGAUGUGAAGAAGGUGUCUCCUGAAUUUUCAGGAAAAAUGAUGGUAUUAGAUUGCUUACUAGUUCUGAUCAAGACAACCACCACUGACAAAGUUGUGUUAGUGUCAAAUUAUACUCAGACUUUGGAUUUAUUUGAACAGUUGUGUCAUUUGCGCAAGUAUAAUUAUGUGCGGUUGGAUGGAACUAUGACCAUAAAGAAAAGAGCAAAGGUUGUGGAGCGGUUUAAUGAUCCAUCUAGUCCUGAUUUUAUAUUUAUGCUCAGUUCUAAGGCUGGAGGUUGUGGUUUGAAUUUAAUUGGAGCCAAUAGAUUAGUAAUGUUUGAUCCUGAUUGGAAUCCUGCUAAUGAUGAUCAGGCAAUGGCACGAGUGUGGAGAGACGGUCAGAAGAAACAAUGCUAUAUUUAUAGACUGCUUUGCACAGGUACUAUUGAAGAAAAAAUAUUUCAGCGGCAAGCACAUAAAAAAGCUUUGAGUUCAUGUGUGGUGGAUAAUGAAGAAGAUGUAGCUAGACAUUUUAGUUUGUCAGAUCUGCGAGACUUAUUUAAGAUGGAAGAAGGCACAUUAAGUGAUACACAUGAUAAGUUCAAGUGCAAAAGAUGUGUUAAUCGAAUUCAAGUGAAACCUCCUCCAGAAGGAUCUGAUUGCAUUUCAGAUUUAUCAUGUUGGAAUCAUUGUGCAGAUAAAAAAGGUUUAGCAGAUAUUAUAUUAAAACAGUGUUGGGAAGCAGGAGUGUCAUUUGUGUUUCAUCAUGUAUCUCACGAACAAAGAGUUACACCAUAAAAAAUAAUUUUUUACAUUUUUUUGUGAAAUGUCUUCAAAGUUUCUGUCAGUGGAAUUUCCAUGAGCAUAUUCUAUUUUUUGCAAAUAAUUGAAUUGUUAUUAAUUUUUUUAUUUUAUGAUUCUGGUACUUUUUGUUGAAUAUUGUUUUUUACAGUUUUCCGUUUUAUUGGACCCAAUUUGAAAUUAUAAAAUGUUUUUUUACGAAUUAUAAUAAUUUCCUGAAAACAGUUUUGUUAUAAUUUAUAACAUAGAAUUUGAUAAAAUAAAGUAUUGUAAUAUUGUGUUUUCGUUUCUCAUUUUAACCCAUUACACAAGUUAAUAUUCUCUUUGUCAUUGAUAUGUUGAAUGAAUAUUAAUAUACAUCUUCGCCAACUUGUUAUUUCUCCAUUAUAUUGAUUCGUUUCCAUACAAUGGUCAAUUUCUUUUAGAUGAUGAAUUUUUUGGUUUAUCUUCCUAGCAGAUUCUCCAAAUAAUCCCUUUCCCUUUCUAAAACAUAUAUUAGAUGAAUAAUAGGUUUGUGUCUGUGCUGACACUUGGUAGGUCACUGGAUCCGGCAGAGAGUAUACAGAGCACGAAAUUUAGUGGUUAUUCCGUGUAGCGCUGGAGAUGAGCAACAAAAGACAAUGGUGUUUUCGUUGUGCAUGUUCCCGAAUCUCGAGUAAUUCGUCUUAAUGGUUGGGUGCUACGACGUGAAUUAAUUGAGUCGAUUUUCGAGCGACAGGCUUCAGGAGCCAUUUUAAUUACUCGAGUUAUGUGUGUUAAGAAGAAAUAUAUCAAAGGAAUUUUCUAAAGAAAACGAUUUUACAAUUACUUUGUUCUUAAGCUAUGGUAAUUUUUUAGGUUAACCAUGGCUUCUGCUUUGGAACAAUUUGUGAACAAUGUUCGUACCCUUUCGGCGCAAGGAAAUUUCAGGGAGCUGUGUGAAAUGUUGAAUAAAUCAACAGAAGUUCUCAUGAAAAAUGGCCAACAUUUAGAUAAUGUUCUGGAAACACUAGACCUACAGCAACAUUCUUUAGGUGUCCUUGCUGUCCUUUGUGUUAAAUUUUCAUUACCUGCUUUAGCCACAACUCCAGAUCACCAUGAACUUCUAUUUGCUCAAGCUCAGGAGUUCAUUAUUGGUUGUAAUGGCGAACAAGUGCGAUUUGCUCCUGAUACUUAUGCUGAAUUAUGCCACCUAUUAACACACAGUCUUGUUGAACUGAAAUUGCCUCUUAGAGGAAUAGAUUUAAUGCGCCGUGCCAUUAGAAAAAUUCAGCUCUUUGAUUCACAAUUAACUUCUAUUCAUGCUGACUUAUGUCAACUUUGUCUUCUUGCAAAGUGCUUUAAACCUGCUUUGGAGUUUCUAAACACAGACAUAACUAGCAUAAGUCAAGAGGGAGGUCAGUUUGAUGCAAAAUAUUUUCUAUUGUAUUACUAUUAUGGGGGCAUGAUUUAUACUGCUCUUAAAAAUUAUGACAGAGCAUUAUAUUUCUUUGAAGUAGCUAUUACUACUCCUGCAAUGGCAGUGUCCCAUGUUAUGCUUGAAGCAUAUAAGAAAUAUAUACUGGUUUCCCUUAUUCUUCAUGGAAAAGUGCUAAACAUCCCAAAGUAUACAUCUCAAGUUGUUGGUAGGUUUAUUAAACCUUUGAGUCAGGCUUACCAUGAUUUGGCUACUGCUUACACUACUAACAAUUCGGAUGAGUUGCGUACUACCAUCAACAAGUACCAAGAGUCAUUUGCCAGGGACAGCAAUACAGGUCUCACAAAACAAGUUAUAGCCUCUCUAUACAAGAAAAAUAUACAAAGACUGACCAAAACUUUCCUCACUCUUUCUUUAUCUGACGUAGCUAGUAGAGUUCAACUAUCUGGACCUGGUGAAGCAGAAAAAUAUAUUUUGAAUAUGAUUGAAGAUGGUGAAAUUUUUGCUACUAUUAAUCAAAAAGAUGGUAUGGUAAUUUUCCAUGAUGACCCUGAAAAAUACAAUAGUCCUGCUAUGCUUCGUCGUCUUGAAGAAGAGAUGGCUGUGUGUACAGACUUAGAUCGGAAAGUUCAAUCGAUGGAAGAAGAUAUAAUGGUAAAUCCACAAUUUGUAAAGAAAUCAUGUGGUACUCAAGACGAUGAUAUUCCCCCUGCUACAACACAAGGAACAAAAAUUACCACAUAUUCUAUGUAAAUUAUUUACAUGCUCAUUUUUUGUUGUGAUUACACGAUGUAAUUUUACAUGUUACCCUUCUGCCUUUUUUUUGUAAAAUGCCAUUGCCUGUGUACAUAAAACUAGAAGAAAUCACCUUUUCUUGAAAUUCUUUUGAAGACGAAGAUGAGCAAUGAAGUUUCAUAAUUUUGCAAAAUUUUUGGACUUCUUAAUGCUGCAUCCUUGCUUUGCAUUUUGCUGCUUGUUUUUGAUUCAGUCUUUUGAGCAGUAUUAUUACAAUGUUUUGUAUGCAGUUGAAAUCAUUUGUAGUGUCAGUGUAUGGAUGCAGACAUGCUGUUAAUCUGAUCAGAUAUUCCGUAAGAACUCAUACAUUCAAUAAAGAAAUCAACUCUGAUAUUUGGGUGUUUUUAUUUUAUCUGCAUUGGGAUAUUCAAUCUUUUGAUUAUCACUGACAAACAUUUCUGUGAUAGCAUGUUUUCUCUUUAAAAUUUUAUGCUCUUUUAUCAAAUGGUUGCCAUCAAGUUAUAAAUAAUGGUGGCAGCUGGUGCCCCAAUAAACUAGGGAUUGCAUCUCCAUUGAUGAUGGAAAUGUAAUUUCUAAAGUUCAGAACAUUAAUAUGUUGGGAAUGGGUUUUCAUAUAAACACAUGUUUGUACAGAAACGAGAUACACACAUUCAAUAAAAUUAUUUAGAGUUUACAAGACAUUCUCAAUAAAUUGAAAGC